CGACCGCUAACAAGGAUGCCGCCAGCCAAUCGGGAGCGAAGGCGUGAGGCGCCGUCGGGGUUGCUAAGCGACGCGCAGGGAAGGCGGAAAAUGGCGGCGGCGGCGAGGAGGCGAGGCGGCGGGAGCGCGGCGCUCGCCCGGGCGGCGGCUCAGCUGAGCGGGAGGGGCCGGCCGACCUGGAUUCGGGGCCCACCGGGUGGACAUCACCUCAAGGGACCCCCCGGAAGCGCCUUGUCCUCCCUGAGUGGAGACACUCCCCCCGGACUGAGCCGGGCAACUUCUCCAAGCCUCCUCCAGUCCCUGGACGAGUUGUUCUCCGGAGAGGCCGACCCGCCAAGCGACAUUUCCACUGGCAGCGAUUUCAGAGUCAACAUUUUGAGCCUGGAUGACUUGGCACCCACUGUGGCCUCCCGGGCGGAAGAAUUCAAAGAGGCGGUGACAGUGGAGGGCACCGGAAAGCCAAGGAAUGAGCCACGUACAGUCCUGAUCCAUGCUGCCACCCAGAGCGCCUUCAAGGUGCAGCGCGCCUUCUCAGAAGACGCUGUGAGCCUGGAAGAUGAGGCGGACGAGGAUCUGGGGGAAACCGACAUCUCUGAGCAGUUGAGCGACGCCUCCGUUGGGGUUUCCCUGGACGGCCCAGCGAGGGCCAGCAGCCCCGAAUAUUCUGAAGACUUUGAGUCUUACCCCUCGUCUGCCGAAGCCAACGACGCCGAGGGUCCAGCUUCCUCUUCCGAAGAGUUAUGGGGCCGUCAGGAGGGUUCUCUGCCAUCUACUCCCUCUGAUUUCUCUUCCCCUGGAAGCCUGGAGCCCCAAAGGAGGAGAUCCGUGCGGGACAAAGCCGUGCAGACGAGUACCUCUUCAUUUCCUUACCAGGAUUUGCACGCCCACCUGUACGCAGCGGACAUCCCGUGGAUGGGACAGACCCCAGGAGGGAGAGGCGCAGGAACCUCGCCGGGGAUCAGCUGCUGCCUAAGUCCAGACGUCUUGGAAGCAGGGACCACGACCAAUCCAGCGGCCUCGGCGCUGAAUGAGCUGUUGAGACAAAACGUGCUUCUGAUCUGUCAUUUUGUUGAAGCCAGCCGGCACCUCCACGCCUCCAUGGUGGCAUCGCUGGAGGAGGAAAACUUCCACUACCACACCCUGGAAGAAGCCAAAACGUACAUCAGCUGCCACAAGCCGCCCCCUCUGACCAUGGAACAAGCGUUGAGAGAACUGGAAGAAGAGGAGCGAGGGGGAAUUUAGAUGCCACAGCCCUUCCUAAACCAGGCAGGACGAGAGCCAGCUGUUGCGUUUGAACAGAAAGGCGGUGGCUGAGCUUUCAAGACGUGGCCGGUGGUUUUGCAAGCGGGACUGUGCAAUACAAAGAGAAUCAAGUACCACCGUAAUGGGAGGCGGGUGCAUCGCAUUCCCCAGGGUUUCUGAAGAAAGGCCAGAACCAGACAAGAACGUGCAAACAGACACACUCCCAGGGACAUUUCAGCUUUCCAGCUACAGAUGGGUCACUUUGUGCUGGGGAUAAAAACCUGUGUAACUGAGAUUAAAAACUAAAUUUCCCGAGAAAACAGAAACCAAGGGCUCCCCGCUCUCUCAAUAAACCUGAUCGCUGCAUAGGAAAAA